AUGGAGCAUUCCAAGUCCACUUUCCUCUUCACUGUCAGGCAUAACCCGCGCCUGGCCUUGACAUCGUUCUUCCUGGCUAUGGUCUUUUUCACCUUCGGCUAUGAUGGGGGCGUGAUCGCUGGCCUUCUGGCAAUGGGCCCGUUCAAUAUGCAGUUUGGUAGUGGCCAUGGACCACACGGUGCAACUAUGCUCACAUCAACUGAGAUAUCACUCAUCGUUGCACUUCCCAACUCAGGAUGUCUCCUGGGAUUGCCACUAUCAGCUUGGCUUGGAGAUCGUAUCGGACGCAAGAAGACCUUGCUUAUUGGCUGUGGCUUUAAUGCUGUGGGGGCCGCCAUUCAGACUGCAGCUCCAAACUUGGGUGCUAUGGUUGCGGGAAGAUGGCUGACCAAUGUCUCUAUCUUCAUGUUCAUCACCAUGGCAUCCAACCUGCUUGCUGAGGUUAGCCCAGCGGAAAUUCGUGGUAUCCUUACUGGCCUUUCCAUCGUUCUGAUCGAUGCAGCUGCAAUCCUCUCCCAGGGUCUGAACUACGCCUUUUCUACCGUCAUGGCGAAAUAUUCCUACCAGGUCCCAUUGGGUAUUCAAAUGUUCUUUGCAGCCUUUAUUUUCUUCGGAAUCUUGACGGUAGACGACUCGGCCACCUUCUACCUUACUAAGGGUCGCGAUGAAAGAGCUCUCCAGGCCCUACGCACUGUACGACAGGGAUAUGAAGAUGCUGAGAUUGCUGCUGAAUUUGCGUCCUUGAAAGCUCAGAAUAGCCUUCGACAAGAGGAAGAAUCUGUGUCUUGGAAGGACCUUUUUAUCGGUGUCAACAGGAGACGUUCGUUGAUUGCACUCUCAAUCGCCAACAUGCAACAACUGUCUGGCAUUGCUUUCGCAACCAAUUACAUUACCUUGUUUCUGAGCACCAUCAACUCCCAGGUGUCCGCAUUUACCUUAGCAAUGGCUGCGGCUGUUCUAGCGUUCGGUGGCGCGAUUGCUGGUCUCUUCGUUGUCGACCUCGUCGGAAGACGAGUGCUUGCUUUGACAUCCUUUACCGCACUCGCAAUCAUUAAUUUGGUGGUUGGUGUGAUGGGAUUCCUACCAUUGACAAACCCUGCAGUACCUAAGACUAUCGCAGCCUUUUGCUGCAUGUUCGCUUUUUUCUUCGCCGCAGGCUUCGGCCCAUUGACCUACAUUAUCGCCUCCGAGAUUCCCACAGCACGACUACGAAACAAAUCCAACUCGCUAACUUUCUUCCUGGUGGCAGUCUUCGCGACUGUGGUUACCUACGUGCUCCCCUAUAUUUCCAAUGCCGACGCCGGCAAUCUUGGUCCCAAAACAUACUUGAUAUUCUUCGGUUGGAUGGUUGGCUGCAUCAUUAUUACCUACUUCUGCCUACCUGAGACCAAAGGUCGCACUCCAGCAGAACUGGACGAGAUGUUCGAGGCCAAGCUCCCAGCUCGCAAGUUCAAGGGUUAUGUCUCAGCCCUCGCGGUGGAGAACUUUAACGUCGAGAUCAAAUCGGGUACGCUUACUGUUGAAAAUAUUGAGGAAGUGGAAGCAAAGUCUGCAUGA